CUUGUUCCGUUAACUGGUGAGCUACAGUGUAAUUAGCAUCGUGAAAACCGGGAGUCGCAAUAGCAGAAGAGCUGUGAUAAGCCUAGCUCUUUUUAUGCAGUGACACCAACAGUGGGCAACCAACUUUUAAACCUGGAGAACUGUUCUCUGCCCAUACAAGUGAAAGUGAUGCACUGGCUGCCUUAAGUGCGGUAGUAAUUCCCUCAUAAAUGAGACCUCGUCCUUGCAAUGACUGGUGUUGUGGAUCAUUCAUCAGCGGUGCCUUGUGGUAAAAAGCUGUAGCGUGGUCUGGGGCUGUAUGAUAUGCCUGGGCAGGAGUAACUACUUCCGGUUCAAUCAUCCGGCGGAGGCACAGCAGAUGCGAGCAAUCCUUCCCAACACCAGGAUCAGUAUGGUGCCCAUCAACUUCUACCCAGCUGUUGAUAACCCGGAGUACUUCCAUAUGUCCGGUGAUGCUGUCGCUAACACCAGUGGGUCAACGGCGGGGGCAUCAGGAGAGACCAAGCCACCCGUACCACCCCGCAAGACCCCACCCAUGCCCCUCCAUCUCCCGCCUGUGCAUGGGGACAGUCAAGAAUUUGUCGAUAAGGUAUCACGGUUUGAACUGCUCUCACACCGCCGGGACUCUCCUCAGACGUCAGAGGGUCCAAGAUGGUUUGUGAAGGAUGGCGUCAGACCAGCUCACAACAUUAACAACAACAGUAACAACAUCAACAAUAUCAAUAACAUGAACCACACCAACAGCGACAGUGACUCCGACACCCCCCCAGAGGUUCCUCCACGGUCGGAAGCAUCACUGAGGCCCUACUCCACCUCACCUCCUCUCAAUGGCACUGCUGGGAGGACCAGACCUCGCUACUUUGGAGAAUACAUCUACACCAAGAAUGACUUGCCUCCACCCCCGCUGGCUCCUCGUGUUCCUGUCACUUCCACUCGCUGGAGUCCUGGGAGCUCAGGAGCCUCUUGCUCUACUGGCUUUGGUGGUGUGUCCACAGUGAUGUCAUCGUCUGGGAUGACUUCCGUCCACAACAUCAUGUAUCGGUCUCUGCCACCCCCACCAGUCUCAGCUAGCACUAACCAUGCCCCCUUGAAUCAUGCUCCUCAUACACCCACUGCCUUCUCCAACGACUUGCCACCUCCACUGUCAGUUCCGUCAACACCUUCAGCUUCUGUACCACCAACAGCAACUGUUUCCCCUUCACUGACCACCCACACAUCAACGCUACCAGCCACAACCCUGCCUCCCACACCCUUAUCCCGUCUGUCUGGUCAUCGGCGAACACCGUCCAGUGGGUCGGGUGUGGGGUCGACCUCAAUGACAGGUUCAUGGACGCCUGGAAUGGGGCUGGCAGGUAUUGGGAUCAGCAGGGAGGGCCUCAGGACACCUACACGCUGUUCACUUGAGGACCUCAGACACAGCGAACUUAGAAAACAGCAGGCGGUGGAGGACAGGGUGAAGGAGCAAGAGGCGGCAACGGCUGAGCGAGCCCGUCUGGAGGAGAUCCUGACCCUGUGUGCUGAGUACGAACGACAACACCAGACGGGCACACCCUCACCCAGGCCUCACCUCUCACCCCACUACACCCUCACUCAGAACAGAAUUAAAACAAACGGCUCACUACCCAGGGACAAGCGUGUGCCCAACUCUCCCCCGCCAUUGUCAGCCACACCCACAUCAGCCACCACACCCACUACAGUGACUUCACCCAUCACCAGUCCCACCUUCAGGGUACCAACCACCUCUGAGGAUGAACUCAAUGCUAUAUUCAGUUUUGAUCAGCCAGAUCUAACAAGUCCAGUCCAGCGUACUACUUCACUCACAAGAAGUGGGACAUUACCAAGUUAUCCACCAUUCCCAAACCCAGCUCCCUUACAAGCGCCAUCUCACUCACCAAGCCCAAGCAGUCCGAAGAGUCCGUAUGAAAAUGUUAGCCCAUCGUACCUCACGUACCCCAUGCCACAGAGCCCAAGAACUCGAAUCAAAACCAUCGUGGGCAAGGAGAGAACAGACAGGAGGGAUAAUUGUGAAAUCAUAGAAAAUAGAAUGGCUAUAUCUGAAUUCCAGGCAGGAGUGAGCGAUGGAAAGAAAAACCGAAGUCCUAGAACACCAAAGGAAAAUACAAAAAACAAAGAGAAUCUAAGUCCUUAUUCACGAUCUGAUUCUUCAAGUUCUCUUGAAGUGCCAGCCCCUCCAAAACCUCCGAGGUCUCCAAGAAUAGAGAGAUCGGUUUUAGGGGAUUCUCCAACAGUCAACAGAAUGAACAGUGAUCCAAACCAUUCUUUAUCCUCUCCUCAAGUCAGUUCAAAUGGAGAGGAUUCUACAAUAGCCAGUCACGUUAGUUCCAUUCAUAGUGAAGUGAUGUCAACAAGUACUGAUGAAACAACAAAUAUAUAUGAAAACAGUCAAAGUUUGGUGCAAAACAAUCUGAGUAGCUCAUUAACAAAGAACAUAAUGGACCAUUCACCAAACUCUUGUGUGUUUACUAGUCCAGAAGAUAAGUUAGUCAGAAAUUCCUCAGGUACUGAAGGAACUGAAGUGUCUGUUGAUGAUUUUGUAAGAGGGUCCAAUCGGGUGUUUGAGGAACAUCUCAUGAAAAAUAUUCAGGAUACAUUUAAUAUUGAUGACGUGCCAGGGGAGAUUGAGCGUCUAAGGGGUGUCAAGAAUGAAGCUCUACAGUCUGUGACAGAUCUCAAACGCAGUGUCACCGAACUAGAGAUGACUGAAGAUGAGUCGCUAAGAGAGCUGGAAGUUGAAAGAGCAUUGUUAGAAGGGGAGUUGGUUCCCCUCAGAGAGAAGGCAGUGAUGGAAGAGGAACGACUGGCAGGACUCUUACAAAGGAGUAAUGAAAUAGAAGAACGUUGCCAGCAAGAAAGGCAACACCAUCAGGAAGCCAUUGAGGCAUGUCGAUCUCGUCUGGAAGAAGCAGAGAGGGAGCUGGAUCAGUUGGAAGGAAAGAGUGAGAACUUUAAUGGCACAACUGAUGAAGAAACAGAGAUGCUUGAGACAUUGAAGGCCCAGCAUGAGGCAGUAGAAGCUGAAAGAAAGUUUUUCUUUUACUAUAUUCGGUGGAAGAAAGCCAAGAAAGUAUUUGAAGACACAGAGUUUCACCAGAUGGAGGCUGAGGCACACCGUGAGGCAGAGAGGGAGGAGCUCAAUAAGGAGAUUGCUGAGCUAAGAGAAAAAUUGACAAACCGGCGAGAAAAGAUCACUGAGCUAGAGGGACACAUGUUAGAAAUGACCAUCUCUGUCAGGGAGGAAACAGAAAUCCUAGAGAAAGAGCGGCAAGAUCUCCUCUCCAAGAUUACAAAGGAGCGAGGACGUUUGACGGUUGCAGAACGUCGUCUAGGGGAACUGGUUCGCUUAGGUAUCAUACCCACCAAUGGCCAGUGCUCACCUGCUUGCUCAUCUGACACAGAGGAGAGUGGUGCCCCAGAGUUGGUUGAACGUUUAUCACGCUUGCACUUGCUUGACCGAUCACAAGAAGAUCUUGAUCGAAUACAUCAGGUUACAUCAUCAACUCCACUUGGAUGUCCUGAUGGUUCAUUAGGACGUAAGACUUCAGCAACUUUAAUGGAAAUAGAGCGGAAUCGGCAACUCCUCUUAGCCAAGCAAGGGACCCUUGUAAUUGAAAAUGAGCGGCGUCGUGUUGAGGAGCUAAAGCGGAGGGUUGCUGAUGAGGUGAAGGCCCAGUGGGAGGAGAAGAAAGCAAAGGAACAGCGGGAAGUCAACUGUGCCUCACUUAACAGUGUUGGGUCAGAAGACUCCUCGUUGACUUCUUCUGAUCUUCACACAGAGAGUUUGUCCAGCGACGACGUUUUGGAGAAGCGGAGCAGCGGGGAGAGCGUCACCCGGGACAUACCCCAAGUGAAGAUGCGACAAAGGGAGAGUGAAGUGGCAACGGGUGGGGAGGAUAGCCGGCCACUGAGUGAUGCAUCCUCGUGUUGUGACCCCUCUGAUGCAGCUGUCAAGUUCCGUGAGAAGGCAAGAACUCAGCAACGCCCUUUGACGAGAUAUUUGCCAGUGCGUAGUGAACAGCAUUUUGAUCUCAAACAACACAUAGAGUCUGCUGGUCAUCAAAUUGAACUCUGUCCAUACAUAAUUGUUUCUUCAACGGCUUGCCGAGGUUAUCUUCACAAAUUAGGCUCAAAGUUCCGCACAUGGCAGAAGAGAUGGUUCGUGUUUGAUCGAUCAAAAAGAGCACUAAUGUAUUACAGUGAUAAGAGUGAGAGCAAGCCAAGGGGUGGAGUAUACUUUCAAGCUAUUGAAGAAGUGUAUGUGGAUCAUCUACACUCAGUCAAGUCUCCAAAUCCCAAAUUGACAUUUUGUGUCAAAACGUAUGAGAGAACUUUCCACUUAAUGGCUCCUUCCCCAGAGGCCAUGCGUAUCUGGAUAGAUAUCAUCUUCACUGGAGCAGAAGGCUACCAAGAAUUCCAAGGAGGAACCUGAGAGUGGGAAAUAAUUCUUUGGCAGAACUUAUGACUGCUGUUUGUUUUUCUUGGGCUUCCACUUUACUUGGAUGCAUUUUAUUGUUCAUUUUGGGACAGAUAUUAAAUCUACAAGAAAGGCUUGAAAUGUUGAUAAUCAGAGCCUGUAGUGGAGAGAAGAAUAUUGUCUUCAGUGCACUGGGCCAUAAUCAUAGGCCAAGCCUGAAAUGUUUAUAAUCACGGCCGACUCAUGAAAGAACACAC